UCUUUCAUGGAAAUCAGCCACGUAUUCCAUUCCCCAUUUUGGAACCUUCGAUAAUAUAUAUUUCCAUUUCCCAAAAAUCAAACCCACAAAAACCAAUCAAAUGACUGUCAACAGUUUGAUUGUUUCGAGAAUCUGCGUAAGCAACAAUGGCCAUCGUUAAUAGUUUAAGCAUACCAACAUAUAUUCCUUUGAAAACCCAAUCCUUUUUCAGUCCUAGAUCGAAGGCUUUUAGUGUUCUUAACAAACCCAGAAAAGUUCCCUUCUCAGUUCAAUCAAUGGGUUCUUCUGCUUCUUCCCAAAGACCCGAGAAUAACAACGCUGUUCAAGAUAUCAAUGGUGCGUCCCUUGCAGAGACAGCUGCAGUUGACUAUACUUCUUUAAGUGAUGAAGAAUGGAAGAAGAGGCUUACACCUGAACAAUUUUAUAUUACUCGUCAAAAGGGGACUGAAAGAGCUUUCACUGGGGAAUACUGGAACACAAAAACACCUGGAACUUACCACUGCAUAUGUUGUGACACACCUCUUUUCAAAUCAUUGACUAAAUUCGAUAGCGGAACCGGGUGGCCAUCAUAUUAUCAACCUAUAGGAAAGAACGUGCAAUCGAAGUUAGACCUGUCGAUUAUUUUCAUGCCUCGCGAAGAAGUCCUCUGUGCCACUUGCGGUGCUCAUCUUGGCCAUGUCUUUGACGAUGGUCCUCCGCCUACGGGAAAGCGUUACUGCAUCAAUAGUGCUUCCCUGAAACUGAAACCUGAGUAAAAGAAAAGAGUAGUAAGCUUGGAAUUGCAGGUGAGAGAGACUGUGAUUGACAAAACUGAAAAACUGUUAGUUUGAUUGGCUUUGGUGUAUCAUUUUGUAUUAAUAAAUAAUGUGUAAUGGCACAUAGAUACAUAAUCUGCAACCUGUUCAUAUAUACUUUCUGGAUUCGAUUUUUCAUUUCGUGUAUUUAAAUACAAAGGUUAAAAGUUUAAAUA